UAGUUCUAGGGAUUAUUGACCUGCAAAUGGGUAUGCUGCUUCCCCCGCGGCGCUGGGUGGCCCGCAAUGAGGGUAAACUCAAUCAUGGACUGUCUUAGAUUCUCACCCAGGGCCAGACCUCAUGGGCACUGAUUAAUACACCCGAUCCAUGACCUUUUCUCGUCCUUUGAUUUCCCCUUUCAACAUUUCUACUUUCUCUCUCAGCUGGCUCCUGGGAACCCCAUUCUGCGCAAGUCUCUCUGAUUUGCAAACUGCGGCAGCACGUUCUCUGACGUGGUCGUGCAGACCCAGCUCAACCGAUUUCCUUUCUCCCUGCCUGCAGUUAGCCACCGGCGACGUCUCCGGGCUGUGGCGCAGUGGGUGCAUCUGCCCGCCGGCUCAAGUAUACCCGCGGUCAAUUGGAGAUUUUUGGUUGUCGUCGCUCAAAUCCUAUUUACUCAGCGACCAGAAUUCUACUUCAAAUUUUCUUUUGGUGAAGGCAGAUUUUUAUUUCAUGCUCAAUGUAAGAACUUGUUUAGUACAUCGCUCUGUGCCCGACUAUAUCGUUGUGCUCUUAGAUUCCCCGCCGCGCGUCGAUUCGUGAAUCUUUACCUUCCUCAUAUAAGCAGCGCCAUAAUUGUUACCUUUGCUAUCUCUUGUAGGGCGUCAUGAUACGUCCUGCCGGUGUAAGUGAUUAUCGGCUAUCU